GGCAAUAUUAUAUCAUCAUCCUACCUCAACAUCAGAACAGUGCGCUAACACAGUCGUCUCCCAAGGCAAUGUCAACAUCCACCAAGUCGCCAAACCAGAACAUCUUAUUAACGCCCUCUUCAGACUUGAUCGAAAAUGGCAAAAUCAUCAACCCCCACAAUCUACCCCACCCAUUAAUAUUUCUCUCCGGUACCACAAACUACAACAAAGACGAGAGCCGCUGGCAAGAGAUCCUUACUGAUCGCCUCUUAGCACGCUCUCGUUCCAAAUCUACAGAUGAUAAAAAUGGUACCAAUGAGCCAAGCAGCUUUGCACCAGUUACAAUAAUCGAUCCCUACAACCCCGCCUGGGACUCGACUUGGCGUGAAGAUCCCUCAGAUAAAAGAUUUGUCACACAGGUGAAUAUCGAGCUCGAGGGCUUGGAAUUAGCGGAUAUUGUUGUGGUGGGAUUCAUAGGACCGGAUGUCUGCUCUGGGAAAAUAGGGACCGGAGGGACGGCAUUGGUAGAAUUGGGAACGGCGUUGGAGAGGAAAGGACAGAAGGUGAUUGUUUGUGUGGAGAAGGGUUUUUGGAAAGAGGGGUAUGUGAAGGUUUUGUGUGAGCGGUUUGGGGUGCAGUGUGUGGAUAGUUUGUCGAUGGUCGAGACAAUAGUUGGGGCGGGGGUGGAUUCAUGGGAGUCGGAGGUAAGUCAGAUGAUAGGGACCAUGUGAUGGGGAAUGGAGAGAUGAUGUGGUGUGUGGGAUGUUGCAUACUUCUUCCAGGGCGUGGAAGCUAGGGGAUGGCGAUCUGCGAUAUUCGUGGGAUUGUUGCAACAGAACUCAAGGUAUGAGCCAGAGAGAGUGGGAAUCUUUGGGUCGAUAUGAUGACGAGAAUGAGGACCAUGAACUUAUGAGUUUACUCUCAGAUGCAAUGCGUUGGCGUGAGAGAAAGCUUUUGGCAUGGCCUACUUUGGAUUUUAUAAUGGCCAUGAGCCUGAAGUUGAGUGAAUCGCCAUGCAUUGAUUCAUAUUCAAACAGUCUUUGACUCUUAUGGUAUGAAUCAAGAUAGCUUUGAAAUGCAUUAGUUACCUACCGCUAUCGAGGAUGAUACAUUGUCAAUAUUGGUAUUUCCUUCAAAUGAAUAAUUGUUCUUCCA